CAUGGCUGAUGUUAAUAGCAGGUUACUAUGAGUGCUCUCUAUUUGCAGAUUUUCUUUGUAGGAUAUCUCAAACACGGGGAGUGCGUUCACGAGAGGGAAAGCGCGUUACCGGUAGUGAUGUGCGGGUGCUAAAAGUGACGUUUCCGUGUGCCGUGGUCUCACUUCAACGACAGUGAAUGUAGGCCAUGAGAAGUGGGCCAGCUCUCAGUUGGGUCGUUUCGGUGGCGGAGGUGGUGGAGGCGGUGGCGGCGGCCGGUGUUGUUUCUGUGGACUGUGAGCAGCAAAACCAGCUCGAGAAGUGUCACUCGUGCGGCGAGUUCAGAUUCAGCGGUGCGAAUUCGUCGUAUCCGUGCUCACCUCCGGACCAAGGUGCAGUGGGAGCAGACGUGCCUAGAGCCGGUGUGUUUUGGUCGGCGACGGAAACCACGGAGGCUGUUGCGACGGCGUCACAGUGGUGCCGCGGCAGGGCAACAGGAGAGGACGAGGACCACGGGAGCUACGUCGAUAAUACCAUCAGCGAAGACGGUGAGAUCGGCGGCAACGGGGACGACGAAUGCCUCCGCUAUUGACGACGUCCAUGGAACGCAGCAAACCGGCGGCGUACUGUAGUAGCAAUGGCCGCGAGGACGUGUACACGACGAGCACCGCGCAACAGACCAGCAACAGCAGCAGCCCCGUCAAGCCCGGGGGCGGUCCCACCUCUUACAGCAGCAGCUGCUCGUCGACGCCGCGCAAGGUGGCCAGCUCCACCUCCUCGGGCGCCGAUCCGCACUCCUUCUGGACGGCGCUAUACGAUUACGACGCCCAGGGCGAGGACGAGCUCAGCCUGCGGCGGGGCGAGCAGGUGGAGGUGCUGUCAAAAGACUUCAAGAUCUCGGGUGACGAGGGCUGGUGGACGGGCAAGAUCGGCGACAAGGUGGGGAUCUUCCCGGCUAACUUCGUCACCAACAACGGCGGCGUGCUAGCGGAGCGCGUCGCCAGCGUCAUCGGCGACUCUGUGCAGCCCGUCGAAAUCAACUUUUCCGAGCUGGAGCUGGAGGAGGUGAUCGGCGUGGGCGGCUUUGGUAAGGUGUACCGCGGCUUCUGGCGCGGCCAGGAGGUCGCCGUCAAAGCGGCGCGCCACGACCCCGACGAGGACAUCGCCGUCACGCUGGACAACGUGCGCCAGGAAGCGAAGCUGUUCUGGCUUCUGGAGCACGAAAACAUCGUGUCACUGAAGGGCGUGUGCCUGCAGCUGCCCAACCUUUGCCUGGUGAUGGAGUACGCGCGGGGCGGCUCUCUCAACAGGGUACUGGCAGGCCGCAAGAUCCGCCCCGACGUGCUCGUCGACUGGGCCAUCCAGAUCGCCCGCGGCAUGAACUAUCUGCACAACGGCGCUCCCGUCUCCCUCAUCCACCGAGACCUCAAGUCCUCUAACGUGCUGCUGAGCGAACCGAUCGAGAACGACGAGCUGCAGUUCAAGACGCUCAAGAUCACCGACUUCGGGCUGGCGCGCGAGGUGGACAAGACGACGCGCAUGUCGGCGGCCGGCACGUACGCCUGGAUGGCGCCCGAGGUCAUCAAGACGUCCACCUUCUCCAAGGCCAGCGACGUCUGGAGCUAUGGUGUUCUCCUGUGGGAGCUGCUCACCGGAGAAACACCAUACAAAGGCAUUGACACCCUGGCAGUGGCAUACGGAGUGGCAGUCAACAAGCUGACGUUACCCAUCCCUAGCACCUGCCCUGAACCCUGGCGGGAUCUCAUGGAAGCAUGCUGGAAUUCCGACCCACACAUGAGACCUUCAUUCGAAGACGUCCUCCUAGCACUCGACGCAAUAAUGCAUUCUGCAUUCACUCAGACACCCCAUGAGAGUUUCCACACCAUGCAGGAAGACUGGAGGCAAGAGAUAGAGCAAGUCCUCCACGGAUUGCGGAUGAAGGAAAAAGAGUUGCGGUGUCGUGAGGAAGAGCUGACGAGGGCACAGAUGCAGCAGAAACUAGUGGAGGAACACUUGCGUCGUCGCGAACGAGAGCUGGAGGCACGUGAGAUUGACUUGCUGGAGCGUGAGCUCCACAUCAUGAUCAUCCAGCAGACAGCUCAAGCCCAGCAGGCACCGACGCCCAAGAGGCGCCGUGGAAAGUUCAAGCGCAACCGCUUGCUGCGCUCUUUGAAGAAAGAACCUGGCCAGAUCAGCUCACCUUCAGGUUUCCGGCACACCAUCACUGUGCAGCACACGGCACUGGACCGUAAACCUCGAAACCCUUCAAGUCCAAACAGUCCACCUGGAUCGCCCAGCAUUCCGAGGCUUCGAGCAAUUGCACUCCCAGCCGACGGGGUGAAGGGUAAGACGUGGGGUCCCAGCACGUGCCACCAGCGGGAGCGCGGCCAGAUCAUCUCGCGCGUCGUCGACGGCCAGAAGCGCUGGAGCCGGAGCGCGCCCGACCUGGAGAAGCGCACGGCCCUGCACGCAAUAGGUACGGGCUCAGGAAUGCGAGUGGGUGUAGGUGCAUCCGCAGAGGCACUGUACGACAGUGCCGACGGUGCCAACUACUACGGAAUGCCGGACCCUGACCGGGCACCGCCGGAAUAUGUGUCAGCUGCAGUCCCGCCAGUGAGUGGAUCGGGGGCGGGUCCCCCCUACCUCCUACCAGCAGCAGCGCUCUACUUCGACGGCCUGGCCGCGACUGGUGCGGGCCGCUCCGGGAAGCUGUCCAUCAUCGAACUAGUGCUGUGCAAUGUGGCAGCCAUGCUGGCAGGGGUCGCAGCCGGGUUCGACAUCAGGCUUGCCAAUGCCACCACUCUGCAUCCACGCCUAGUGUCGGACAGGUCGGGUGAGGAGACUUCAGAGCGUGGCCGCUGGUGGUACCACGAACGAAGUGGUGGCAUCCCGCCGCACCUGUCACCCGACUACGAGUUCUCGACUGCGUCGGGCUACUCUCACAACACAUACCACGGCCCCACACGGCACUCCCGGCCGGCUCUCGAGGAUGCGAGGCCACUGCGGUUUACGGAUUCUCCCCAGCACCUCGCCGCCCAGCCGCAGCAGCUGUCACCGAGGAGGAAAUCGUCGAGCACCAGUAACGAGGGCAGCGAUAUGUAUCCGCCCCCUCCACCUGCACCCUCUGGGGGGAUGCUGGAGCGGCACUAUGCGGACUACGAGGACCUUCCGCCUCCACACAUCCUCCCACACCACUAUGCGAGCUACCAGCCGCCCCCGUACCCACACUACGUACCUGCAGCACACCACUAUGCGGACCGUAUGUACCCCGAAUUUGCGACUGGUGCCAGCGCCACGCCCCCGACGGGAGGGUCCUACGGCUACCACGAGAUGCAGCCUUACGACGGGAGCCGUGCCGUUUACGAGGGCAAUCGCACGCCGGUCCUCGGUCGCAGCGGUCCCAGGCACCGACGGACACCAUCGAACGUCUCGAAUGCGUCGUCCACCACAAACAGUGCUGGUGGCGUGAACCCCAGCUUCAGGCUGGAGGACGAGGGCGAGUACGGAGUGCCUGCCCCCCACUACCCGCCCCUGCAGGUUCCGCAGCAGCUCCAGUACUACCACCGCAGGCAGGCCCUGCCACCACCAGCGACGGGUCCGGACUACGAGCACGCUCCGCCGCCCUACUUCUCUCGCCAGAACUCCUACGACUCGAACGCCUCUGCCGAGAGACCUGGCACGCUCGAAGUUCGACUGAGGUCCAGUUUGCGCAGGUACAACUACUCACCAUCAACGGCCCCUUCGACGCCACGCCUGGGAGGCGGCGGUAGCUGCUCCCCGAAGGUCCCGCCACCGGGCAGUAGUGGGGGUGGAGGAGGAGGGGGUUCCUCAUCGUCAGGCGGGGCCGGGACACCAACCAACCCGACACCCCCUGACAGCUUGACAAGUGAGGACAGCAGCUACGUGUCUGCCAAGGAGGGCAGCUGCUCUUCAACGGCUGGGCCACGUGUCCGCUUCUCGCCUGUCAUGCAGCACGGUGGAGGUGUUGGCGGGAACAGCUCAUCAGGCAGUGGUGUGGGACUGAUGGACGCCCCCGUGCAGGACUCGACAGUCCCGUUGCCGGUCUCCCGGAGGAAUGCCCCCUACCACCGAAAACCUUCCGUCUCCGAACUGGAACGAGAAUUCCUAUCGUAGCGGCGGCCCCGGGCCCUGAUACGGGCGACCGGUCCUCUGAGUGGAACAUAACUCCCCGUGUGGCGUUCCUAAGCUUGCCUGUCCUUCCUCACGUUCUGGGAGGAAGUCGUAUUUGAUUCAGACACUACCUUCACGUUUUCAGUGGCCGCUCGUUGAGUGCGUUUCUGUGGUAAAUGUAGGUUUGAAGAACUGUUAUACUUCUUUUUUUAGGAAAGUGUGCUUUGCCUGCUGCUAAGUGCUGUUUUUGAAGAGUGGAGAUGUGUAAUGCUUGUUUUGUAAAUUGUGCCCUCACAAUGUUUGGCAGUGUAGUAGAUGCACUGGACUUUAUAUUAUGAUAAGAAAGUUUCUCCUGCACAGGCAAAAUAGUCAGUUGUAAACACAUUUGUGACUUUUUAUGUCACAAGCCAGAAGUUGUGUAUUGUAUGUCUCAUUUUGUAAAUUGAACACACACAACAGGCCUGUAUCAUAUGUAAGUAAUAUUUUGGUUGACAUUAGGUUCAAUACUGUAAUCCUUGUUUGCAUUUCAUCAGAGCUAUUUCAAGAAUCUCUGCCUGCUAAAUUUUAUCAUGAAAUCUGCAAAAUUAAGAAUGUGUACUGCUCUUGAGGUUGUUUUUAAAACUGGAAUUGCCAAAUUACAU